AUGGCUCCUCUUAGAAUAUUCGUUGCUCUCGCAUCCAUGAUCGCAGUGGCAUCGGCCUCCUACCCCAAGUUUACCCUAGGAAAACGCCUUCCCUCCCUCGAAGAACUCGGCUUGCGAGCAGCUCUUCACCACGUCUCCCUCAGCCCCGAGGGGUGCGAAUACGUCGCCGACGUCGACGACGUAAUUGCGUGCUACAACUACCUCGUGGCCCUCGGCGACUAUACCUGCAGAGAGCGCGAGCUCUGCAGGACCGGCAGCGCUAAGAUCACGGGCAUAAGCAAGAACGGGCAUACAUGGACUUGGGGUGUUGCUUUCGUUUUCACUACUGUGAAAUGUGUGAGCUGUUACACGACAGGCACAAACUCGCCUAGCAGCCGUCCUUCCAUUUCUGGCUCAGGUCUUGUCCCAUACUUCGACGUCUUCGAGCUCUUCGUGUCUGCCCUAGUCUUGCAUCCAGUAUGA